AUGGAAUGCUCCGCCUUUAGCCCUUCGUCGAACUACGUUGUUUACUGUUGGAUAUUACAUUGUAUUGAUCAUUUUUCAAAAUUCACUUGGGCUUAUCCAUUAGAAAACAAAUCAGCCAAAGAAGUAGUUGUAAAACUUCGUCAGUUAUUUUUUACCUUUGGUCCCCCACGUUUAUUACAUUCAGAUAAUGGAUCAGAAUUCGUUGCUAAUGUUAUUUUAGAACCAAAAACAGUUUUUCCUAAUUUGUGCUUUAUUCGUGGUCGUCCACGUCAUCCACAAUCGCAAGGAUGCAUAGAAAGGGCGAACGGCGUCUUAAGUUUAUCUUUAGGAAAGUGGUUACAAACAAAUAACACAACACAUUGGUCAGAAGGUUUAUUGCCUGUAGUUUACGGCAUCAAUACAAGAACAUGUGACACUACUAAAGCCACACCCUACGAAAUCAUGUUUGGUCAACACCCUCGAGGUGAUUCCGAAUUUUGGAAAAUUGUAAAAGAUCAAGAUAUUGUUGAUGAAGAACAUUUACCUUCACCGAUCGAAAGUAUUCAGGAUAAUGAUGUUGAUAAAGAAAUUUCUGUUAGUACAUCUAAGACAAUUGAUAAUAUAAUUGAUAAUAUUGAUCAUCAAGAAUCUCUUAAUUCAAAUGUAACAUGUUUACCCAGUCCUCUAAAUGCUAGCAUCUCUCAAUCUACUUCUCAAUGCCUUCUUGAUUUAUCACCAUCUACUCUGCAUGUUUCAUUUCAACAACCGUUGAUUGUUAAUGAUAACCCAGUAACAGAAAAUCUAAUAUCUUUUGAUUCACCUCCAUCUCCUCAACGAGUAUCAACAACACUUUUUGACUUACAUAAUUUAACUUUCAGCCCAGUCACAUGUUUAAGUAACAAAAAUAACGUAGUACUUUCAGAUUUACAGUCAAUAUCUACAGCACCUGCUACGAAUUCUAUUUCAAAAACUAAUUGUGUUUCUCAACCAUCCUCAUCUUUUAAAAGCUAUAAUUCAUCAGAAAAUAACCCAAUAAGACAUGAAAGUAUUUGGCGCAAAGCGCAAGAUAAUUAUUUAGACACAGCUAAUAAACGAAGAAAAGCGUAUGAUGAACAUCUAAGUAAUUUGGCAGAAAUGUAUAAAAAAAUGAUUGUGUUGGAGUGCGAAUUCAAACUGUUGACAGGACAAAUACAGAUUCAAAAAUUUUACCAUGCUUAG